AUGGCCAGAGCGUCCAUCAAGCCAGGGCAAGGCUUCGCCGGCGGAGCCCGGUCAGCUGUACAGGGUCGUCGGUCUGUGGCCUCGCCACUGGCUGCUGCCGCCGUUCCUGAAAAGCAGUCCGGCUUUGAACCCUCACCGUGGAGCGACUUCUUUACUGGAUAUGAGCCAGAACCACUGCAGAGGUCUGAGGAAUGGAUGUUGGUGAGAGCUAAUGAACUGAAGGAACAUGUAUGCAUGAUGUUUAAGUCUUGUAACAAUAUGGCAACGCAAAUUUGCUUACUGGAUACACUCCAACAUCUUGGAAUAGAUUACCACUUUAAAGAGCAGAUCGACACUAUUCUAAGCCAGAUCUUGGAGAGUGAAUUUUUUAGUAGCUCAAGCCUCAGUGAAGUUGCUCUAGGGUUUCGCUUGCUUAGGGAGCAUGGCCAUUGGGUUUCUCCAGAUGUUUUCAAUAAAUUCAAGGCCCAAGAUGGGGGCUUCAGUAAGGACAUAUCAAAUGAUCCAAAGGGGCUAUUAAGUUUGUAUAAUGCAGCUCAUCUUCAUGUUCAUGGUGAGCCAACACUCGAAGAAGCCAUAACUUUUGCGAGGCGUCAUCUUAGAUCAAUGAGGGGUAGUGAUCUGAAGACCCCACUAGCUAAUCAAGUCAAACGGGCCCUUCACAUACCACUGCCACGGGCUUGUAAGAGGAUAGAGACAGUGCAUUAUAUCUCUGAGUACAAAGAAGAGGAAGGAUAUAAUCCAGUUCUAUUGGAGCUCGCAAAACUAGAUUUUAACCUUUUACAACAUGUCCACUUGAAGGAGCUCAAAGCGAUUACUGAGUGGUGGAACAAUUUUUCUAGAAAUAUUGGACUAAGUUAUAUUCGUUGUCGCAUGGUGGAGAGCUACACUUGGGCCUAUGUGGUAUAUUAUCAGAGAGGUUUCAAACUACCAAGACGUAUUAUCGCAAUGAUGAUUGUACUUAUUACGACUGUGGAUGACACAUAUGAUAUUCAUGCUACCAUAGAUGAUUGUCGGAAGUUACAUGAAGCCAUACAAAGAUGGGAUGAAAGUGCCGUUGAUAUUCUGCCAGAGUACCUCAAGAGGUUGUAUAUGGAGUUGCUGAUAACAUUUAAGAAUAUUGAGGAUGAAGUGCCAGCCAACGUCGACUACAAUGUUUCCUACCUUAGAAAAGCGUUUCAAAAUCACGUCAGCGGUUAUCUACAAGAAGCCGAAUGGUCACACAAUAAUCACUGGCCAAAAUUUGAAGAUCAAGUAAAUUUGACUAGCCUAACAAUAGGCGGACCAACACUAUCGUUGAGUGUGAUAGCAGGCGUGGAUAGAAAAAUAAUGAAGCAGUCACUCGAUUGGGCAGCUGGCGUACCCGACGUUGUUAUAGCAGGUGGAAAGAUUGUACGUUUCAUGAACGACAUUGCUGCAUUUAAGCGUCGGAAGUGCAAGGGUGAUGCAGCAAGCUCCGUGGAGUGUUACAUCCAUGAGCAUGGAGUCACAGACAAGGUGGCCAUUGCAAGGAUCGAUGAACUAAUAGAAGAGGAAUGGAAGAUUUUGAACAAAGCUCGCUUUGAAAAUCAUGCGCUUCUCCCAGCCUUGCAACCAAUUAUUGAUUUAGCACGCAGCUCGUCAUUGUUCUAUGAUAAUAGGAACGACGUGUACACAACAAGUACACAUCUUCAGGAGACUGUCGAGAGCCUAUUCCUCAAGCCCAUCUAG